AUGGCAGUUCAAUUUGACGGCUGUGCUCAUUUUCGUCAAAGGAUUGUGCUUUCAACGCUAAGUUGUACGCCAUUGAAAAUAAAAAAUAUUCGAUCACAGGAAAAUGAACCCGGCUUGCGAGAUUUUGAAAUUAGUCUUUUGAGACUUUUGGAAAAACUCACAAAUGGCAGCGUCGUAGAUAUUAAUGCAACAGGAACAUCAUUGUACUACGCUCCGGGAGCAUUAAAUGGUGGUCAAGUCGAACAUGAUUGCUCUAAUGAGCGUGGUCUUGGCUAUUAUUUAGAAAUGGUACUCUAUUUGGCACCAUUCAUGAAAAAACCAUUAGAGUUAAAAUUGUCAGGUGUUACGAAUGAUAGACAUGAUCCAUCGAUUGAUCUCAUUAAAUAUUCUGCAAUAUCGGUGAUGAAAAGAUUUCUUGGAUCUGAUGAUGGUUUAGAAAUAAAGAUAUUAAAACGUGGCGCGAAACCAGAUGGUGGUGGAGAAAUUCUAUUUCGUUGUCCAACUAAAAUGAAAUUGAGACCAUGUCAAUGGAUAGAUGGUGGCAAAAUCAAACGUAUUCGUGGUGUUGCUUAUGCUAUGCGUGUAUCUCCCAGUUUGGCUAAUCGAUUAAUUGAAACAGCGAAAGGUUUAUUGCUCAAAUUUAUACCUGAUGUUUACAUUUAUGUUGAUCAUCAGAAAGGACAAAAUGCCGGUUUAUCUCCCGGAUAUGGUUUAACAUUGGCAGCUGAAACAAAAAAUGGAAGUGUAAUAUGUGCUGAAGCAUGUUCAAUACCAAGAGGAGGUGAUGGAGAAGAAAAUCAAGAUGUUACUAUACCAGAAGAGUUGGCCAAAGAAGCUGUAUUCAAAUUAUUCGAGGAAAUUUAUAAAGCUGGAGUUGUUGACUCUUUCGGACAACCAUUAGCACUUGUUUAUAUGGCACUUAAUCAAGCUGAUGUUUCUAAAAUACUGACUGGUCCACUUCACAGUUAUUCGUAUGUAUUUCUUCAAAAACUACAAUCAAUCGGUUAUGUUGUUUCUUUAUUAUUUAGUAUUCAAUAUCUACGUCAUUUAAAACAAUUUUUUCAAAUAAUGUUUAAAAUUGACGAUUCAAAAAAAGUGAAAUUGAAAAGUUUGAACGAUACUGAACAAAUGGAUGUAGAUGAUAAUGAUGCCGAUGAACAGUUAAAAACCGGAAGUGAAAAACUAAUAUUGACAGUUGUUGGCCUCGGCUAUACUAAUUUGACAAAAACUUUGAUUUAA